AUGGCAGACCAAUCAAUGGCAGACCAAAUGACCCGGCUGACACUGAAACUCUUGGGACAGAAGCUGGAGCAAGAACGAGAGGAGAUGGAAGGGGACUGUGAGGGCUCCCACCUUGUGCCAGGCAAGGACGACGGGCUGGACACUGCCCUGCAGAGCGCUCUGCGGAGAAGGAGGGACCUUCUGCAGCGACUCUGGGAACAGCAGCUGCUGGACGACCUCUCUCGGACCCAUGCCUGGAGCAGCCCAAAAAGAGCAACCUGUGGAUCAGCUCCACCUCCAGAGGUGCCUCCAGUGGGUAUCUACCCCACCCCCUCCCUGCCUCCAGCAGCCCCAGAGCCACCACGUGUCAUCCUGCACUCGGCGCCCCAGCCUCCUGCCACCAUCAGUCAGCAGCUACCUCAGCAGCCACUCAUCACACAGAUCCCUCCACCCCAGGUCUUCCCCACUCAAAGGUCAGGAAGUAUUAAGGAAGACAUGGUGGAGGUGAUGCUGAUGCAGAGUGCGCAGAUGCACCAGGUCCUGCUGCAGGGCAUGCUGCUCAGAGCCCUGCCCCCGGCACCCCAGUGGGCGAAUCCAGCUGUCCGGGCUGAGAGGCCGAAGCCGCCCCCGGUGCAUCAUCACCACCACCACUACUCAUCUACAGCCCUGCUGCAGGGUGGCCCCAGCCCUGUUGCUCCCGUCAGCUAUGCCACGUGGCCCCCAGUGAUCACGGCCACCACUGUCCCACCCACAGCUGGCUUGCCACCCACCAUGCACCACACCACUGGCCCUGAGUACCCUUAG